CGGGUGCGGCGGUGCCCAGUGCGGUGCUUCCAGUUCACACUCUCCGCGAUACGAUCCCAUCCCCUCCGCCUCGGCAAGGCACCGACGCCGAUCGCUCUCCCCAAUGAAGGCCCUGGGCUUGCAGGGAACCGACCUGCUCUGCGGCCCCCGCAUCCUCCGCGCCGCCGUGCUCGCGGUGGCCUGCGCCGCUGCCUUCCUCGUCGGCUACAGCUGGUCCGGGGCCUCCCCGAGCCUCCUCUUCUUCUCGCCCGCAUCGUCCACGUCCCGGUUCUCCUCUCGCUCCCCUUCCGUGGCCCUCUCCCCCAACUCCAACGUAUCCUUCGACCCAGCCCUAAUCCCCACCCCCGCCGCCCCUGCUGCUGCUCCGCCCGCUUCAUCUACCCCCGAUGCCUCGCCACCACCUUCAAUGCCACCUCCGACGCCGAUGCCGACGCCGUCACCGCCUCCCCCCAUCCCGCCGCCCCCAAUGCCCCCUUCCGCUAGCCUCGGCAUCGUCGGCGACGACGGCGCUAUGCGCGACGAUUUCGACAUCGGCGCCGCUGCCAACGACACCGAUCUGGCCACGGACGAGGACGCGGGGCAGGAGGCUAGCGACGCGGGCGCCGGCGGGGGGAACAGGGCUCAGGUUGGCAAGUUCCCCGUCUGCCCGGAGACCAUGAGGGAGUACAUUCCCUGCCUCGACAACGACGACGAGAUCAGGCGACUGCCCUCCACGAACCGUGGUGAGCGGUUUGAGCGGCACUGCCCUGCCAAGGACAAGGCUCUGAGCUGCCUCGUGCCGGCCCCCAAGGGAUAUAAGGCGCCCAUUCCCUGGCCUCGGAGCAGAGACGAGGUGUGGUUUAGCAAUGUACCUCACACACGGUUGGUUGAUGACAAAGGAGGACAAAAUUGGAUUACCAAGGCUAAAGACAAAUUUAAAUUUCCUGGGGGAGGAACCCAAUUCAUACAUGGAGCAAAUCAAUACCUGGACCAGAUAUCUCAGAUGGUACCAGAUAUUGCAUUUGGCUCUCGCACUAGGGUUGUUCUGGAUGUUGGCUGUGGAGUAGCAAGUUUUGGUGCAUACUUGCUUUCUCGUGAUGUGUUGACAUUGUCAGUAGCUCCCAAAGAUGUUCACGAGAAUCAGAUACAGUUUGCUCUCGAGCGUGGUGUUCCUGCCAUGGUGGCAGCAUUUGCAACACACCGAUUAUUAUAUCCCAGUCAAGCAUUUGAGAUUAUCCAUUGUUCCCGCUGCAGAAUAAAUUGGACCCGUGAUGAUGGAAUCCUGCUCCUGGAGGUCAAUAGAAUGCUCAGAGCUGGUGGGUACUUUGCGUGGGCCGCACAGCCUGUUUAUAAGCACGAAGAGGCCCAGCAAGAGGCAUGGAAAGAGAUGGAAGACCUCACAAACCGACUAUGUUGGGAGCUGGUGAAGAAAGAGGGAUAUGUUGCUAUAUGGAGGAAGCCUUUAAAUAACUCAUGCUACAUGAACCGUGAUCCUGCGGUCAGACCUCCACUUUGUGAUGCAGAUGAUAAUCCAGAUGAUAUCUGGUAUGUUAAUCUGAAAGUGUGUAUCAGUCGACUACCUGAAAAUGGUGACGGAUCAACUCCCUUUACAUGGCCUGCACGCUUAAUGGAGCCUCCAAAGAGGCUUCAAGGUGUUGAAAUGGAUGCCUACUCAUCAAAGAGUGAACUUUUCAAAGCAGAAACGAAAUUUUGGGAUGAUAUUCUUGAAGGUUAUAUUCGUGUUUUCAAGUGGAGAAAGUUCAAACUCAGGAAUGUAAUGGAUAUGAGGGCUGGAUUCGGAGGGUUUGCAGCUGCAUUGAUUAAUCGUAAGCUUGAUUACUGGGUGAUGAAUGUUGUUCCUGUUACCGAGCCAAAUACACUGCCUGUAAUUUAUGACCGGGGACUUCUUGGAGUGGUACAUGACUGGUGUGAACCAUUCGACACAUACCCAAGGACUUAUGAUCUACUGCAUGCAUUUGGCCUAUUCUCAAAGGAGCAGAAAAGGUGUAACACCUCAAGUAUCUUGCUUGAGAUGGAUCGCAUACUCAGACCAGGUGGCAGGGCUUAUAUUCGUGAUAAAAAGGAAAUUAUACAAGAUAUCAAAGAAAUAACAAACGCCAUGGGAUGGAGAGGUAUUAUACGUGACACUUCUGAAGGCCCGUAUGCCAGCCGGAAGAUUUUGAUGUGUGACAAGCCGAUGGUCCGUUAGAUUAUCAGGCAGGUACUUAUCCGGCAUACUCUCAGGAGCAAUGCUGCGGACGCCUGUGACUUGAUGUUCCGGCACGGGCACCUUUGUAACUGGCUGCCAGAGCUACGGUGGGACUGUCGGACUGACAUAUGUUCGAUACGUAGGAUAGGUGAAGGUCAAAACUGUAACUUAAUCAAAUUGAUUCAUCAUUCGUUUGUACAAGUUCGAUGUAGCCCUUGUACACUCGACAUCUCUUUGUUGUAACAUAGAGUAUACAGUAAAUUAAGAAGAAUUUGGAGAGGUUUUUUGAGAAUAGAACGGCUCGAAUUUCUGUUGCAUUACA